AAAAUAACAAACCCAUCCUGAUAGUUUUCUUUUACCUUCCCUAAUUUUUUAAAAAAAAUGAGUAAGCUUUUUGUUGGAGGACUUUCUUGGAAUACAAAUGAUGAUACCCUCCGUUCGGCUUUCGAGCAAUACGGCCAAGUUGAAGACAGUGUCGUUCUCAGAGAUCGUGAUACAGGUCGUUCGCGUGGUUUUGGCUUUGUUACAUUUAGCACCGCAGAAGAAGCCAAAGCAGCUAUAGAUGGUAUGAAUGAUCAAGAACUCGAUGGUCGUAGAAUCAGAGUAGAUUCAGCUGGCGAACGUGGUGGCAGUGGAGGAGGUGGAGGUGGUGGCUAUGGUGGUGGUGGCGGAGGAGGAGGCUACGGUGGUGGAGGAAGUCGCGGUGGCUAUGGCAGUGGUGGUGGUGGCUAUGGCGGUGGUGGUGGUUACGGUGGUGGUGGU